GUUUAUGGGCUGAAUUCGUUGAUGGUACAAAUAUAUUACCACGUUUGUGGCCAAAAGUAUCUGCUGUAGCUGAACGAUUAUGGAGUGCUGCAAGUGUUAAUAAUUCUGAAGAUGCUCAAUUUCGAUUGGAUGUUCAUCGAUGUCGUUUAUUGAGACGAGGAAUACCUGCUCAACCAAUUUUAGGUGGUUAUUGUGGAAACUAUGAAUUAGGUAUGCCAAAAUCAAUGAUUAACGAUCCAGCAUUCAAUUAUGAAGACUCUACUCCGACUAAUUCUGCAUUGGUAACGUUCACUUCUAGUGAACUUGAAUUCAUUGCUGUUCGUCUUCCAUUAAAGGGAGAACGUUCACCACCAAAUGCAGUAUGGCCACAUCCACAACAAAUCACUACUUCCAAUGAUUUACUCUAUAUUCGUCCUCAUGAUAUUAUGAUCUAUUCUAACAUUCAAACAUGUGAUAUUAUUGCAAAAGCUAUUGAACGAUAUAAACCAAUUUUCUUUCCACCAAAACUUUCAAUGCUUCAACCACCAUCUGAUGCUAAUAAUAUUCUACAAAGUUUAACACUAAAUAUACAUGAUAAUCUUGAAUGUGAACAAUAUAUUCAACAAAAUUCAAAUGAAACUUAUACUUUAACGAUCAAUCAACAAAUGGCAAUUGUUGAAGCUGGUACUGUUUGGGGUUUAUUACGUGGUCUUGAAACAUUUUCACAACUCAUCUAUAUUAAUCAACAAAACUAUGUUGUUAUUAAUAGUUCUGUGACUAUUAUUGAUAGUCCUCGUUUUCAACAUCGUGGUGUUAUGCUUGAUACAGCACGUCAUUUUUUACCAGUAUCAAUUAUUAAAAAGAAUCUUGAUGUAAUGUCAUAUAAUAAACUAAAUGUAUUUCAUUGGCAUCUUGUAGAUGAUCAAUCAUUUCCAUUUGAAAGUACAACUUUUCCAAAUCUAUCUCGAGCAGGUGCUUAUUCACCAGAUCAUGUAUAUACACAAGCAGAUGUUGUUGAUGUUAUUGAACAUGCUCGAUUACGUGGAAUUCGUGUCAUUCCUGAAAUUGAUACACCUGGUCAUACAUAUUCAUGGGGUAAAUCAAUGCCACAAUUAAUAACUGUAUGUUGGGCAAAUGGUCAACCUUAUCAAGCAAUUUAUGGAACACAAGGUGAAAUGGAAAUAUUUAAUCCAAUUGAACCACUUGUUUAUUCAACAAUGGAUGCUUUACUUCGAGAAGUAAAAAGUAGAUUUCCUUCCAAAUAUAUUCAUCUUGGUAUGGAUGAAGUAUAUGAUAAAUGUUGGCUUUCUAAUCCUCAGAUAACUCAAUGGAUGAGUGUUAAUAAUAUUAGUUCUUCAAGAGGUCUUCAUGCAUAUUAUGCAGAUAAAAUUUUAGAUAUUACACGUAAUAUCGAUGUUAUACCUAUUGUAUGGCAAGAUGUUUGGGAUGAAAAAGUUGAAUUACCACCUGGUACUAUAAUACAAGUAUGGAAAGAUACUAGUGAUAGUAUUGCAUUUGAUUCAUGGGCAUCAUAUUUAAAUCAAGCAGCUAAUGAAGGUUAUAAUGUAAUACUUUCAAGUCCUUGGUAUAUUAAUUAUAUUAGUUAUGGUAAAUACAAUACAAAUACAUCUGUGAUGAAUUUAGAAUUUUUUAAAUAUUAUGAAAUUGAACCACUUCGUCAAUUUACUGGUUCAGAUGAAGCAAGAAAACGAAUUCUUGGUGGAGAAGCUUGUUUAUGGGCUGAAUUCGUUGAUGGUACAAAUAUAUUACCACGUUU